UUCUCUCCCGGCGAUGCAGCUCCCGGGUCCUGAUUGCGUGGGAAGUUUGAAAAGUGCGCCGGUUCGCUCGAGUCUGCUUUCGCGCUUUUGUUAGAACGCGUUCGCGCACCACUCAGACUGAACUGCCAAACAAAAGGAACCUUCUGCGUUGUGACGUCUGCGUAAGAUAACGCGCGUUCGGAGAGGGCUGCUCGCUAGAAUAACUAUUCUCCUAAACUCAAGAGUUCCGCGUACAUUUUUGUAGGUUGCGUUUGGUUUGCGCUUGAAGGUUCAAAGAUGUAAUGGCAUAACGCCGACGCGAGUUAUGUCUACGGGGUUGGGUGUUACAGCACGUUCCAUAAGUGUCAUGCAGCCCUCUUUGUCUGUGACAGGUUUCUAUAGCGUGAACAGAAAGUGACUGUGAACAAGAGAGUGGAGAGGUGUGAACUGCGGUUUGUAGUGGAAUGGCAUUCCGUGCUUCAGUGACUCUUGCACGAUGGAUUUGUUUUCUACUGUUCUUCAAUCUGGGAGGUGCCGGCCGUCGCUACGAAGACGAGCCCGUGGCGUUGGCCGUGCACGUGGGCGGCCAGAUCGACUUGCCCUGCAAAUCGCUGCUGGCCAACGAUCUGCCCAUGCGCAUCAACUGGUUCAAAGACGACUCGCCCAUGGCCGUGUACAGCGUGACGUACGCGAGCAACCAGAGCUUCCACCGAACCAACAUCAUGCAGGGCCGGCACGCGGCCCGCUCCGACUGGAGCCAGCGGGCCUACUUCAGCGUGCUCGGUUCUCCAGCAACGCUCAAGGUGAACGACUUGGCCUUCCAGGACACCGGCACUUACGUCUGCCAGGUGGUCAUCAGCCGCGGCACACAGCGGAACGCUACAGUUCACUUGGUCGUGGUCGGGCCACUGAAGCCUCCAAUUAUCCGGGACGCUAAAGGAAGAACUAAGAAGGAUAUAGUCGGACCUUACUACGAAGGCGAUGAGCUACGACUCACUUGUGAGACACCAGGAGGAAAACCGAGUCCAUCCAUCACGUGGUUCAGGAAUGGCAAGGUCAUCACCAACCUGACACGCACAUCAACUCGUGGCAACAUACGCAGCGACGCAAUCAUCUCGAGGCUGGAGCGUUCAGACCUGCUGUCGGUAUUCACCUGUCAGGUGUCCAACAACAUAUCGGCGACCGUUUCUUCAUCUGUCAAGCUUGACAUGAUCUUGCGCCCUCUGGAUGCUGUGGUGCGCCGUGGCGACACGCCUCUGUCAGCCGGAAUCCCGGUAGAGAUCGUGUGCGAAGCGAUGGGUUCCCGGCCACCAGCAAACAUCAGCUGGUGGCGAAACGGCGUCCAACUCAACCAGACCUUCAACCACGUGUCGGCGGACGGCAACGUCACCACCUCGGUUGUCAACUUCACGCCAACGAGCGCCGACAAUGGCCUCCAGCUCAUGUGCCGGGCCCAAAACCCGCUGCUGCCCGGCGCGGUGGCCGAAGACGUCUGGGUCAUGCGCAUCUACUACAAGCCUAUCCUCAGCGUGGAGCUGGGACCACCGUACCGUAACUCAAGUUUGGUCGAGGGUUCGGACGUGUUCCUCGAGUGCAAGGCUCGCGCCAACCCUCCGGUCAGCGACGUGGGUUGGCGGCGGGACGGCGGCGUGCUCGUGCCCUCAGCCGGACCCCAGGAGCUGGUAGUCAACGACAACUUCCUGGCCAUCCAAAAGCUCAGCCGCCACGACACCGGCAACUACUCGUGCUUCGCGGGCAACUCCGAAGGCCCGGGUAGAAAGAAAAGCGCCGAUGUUAAUCAUGCUGCACGUGUAAUAUUCAUGCAGUCAUGCAUUCAAUGUCCUUGUUCAACGUCGUUGUUUGCUAGCGAUGCUCCGGUGUGCAAGCAGGACUCGGCGGUGGUGUACGUGGGCUCGCGCGGCGACGAGGUGCAAGUAGUGUGCGAGGUCCUAGCCCAUCCGGACCUGGUGUCCUUCCAGUGGAGCUUCGACGGCGGCGGCGAAGGCGGAAGUCGGGCGAUUCAUUCGGGCUUCAGCGGCGACCAUGCCACGCUGUCGAGCGUCAUGCGCUACAUGCCGCUCACGGAGGCCGACUUCGGGACGCUGUUCUGCCGCGCCAACAACAGCGCCGGCCACCAGCGGCGACCGUGCGUCUUUCACAUCGUGCAAGCCAAGCCCCCGGAGCCACUACACAAUUGCCAGAUCUGCAACCUGACCGAGACGUCGCUGGGUGUGACUUGCGUGACGGGUCACAGUGGAGUCCCUGAGAAUGCGCCCCGUGGAACUGCUGCUGGCCUGAACACGACGUACGUGCUGGAACUGUACAGCAGUCAGCAGCCGUCACAGGUGCUCAACGUGAGCAGCAGUCAGCCCGUGUUCAGCGUUCGCAACCUGCAGCCGCGCACGGAGUACUUCAUUGUCCUCUACGGAGUCAACAGCUUGGGCCACAGCAACGCCGUCAAGCUCUACGCUAGCACGCUGACCUCUGCCGAAGCGCUUCUUGACACAGAACAUGCCUGGAACGUGCUUGGUCUUGGCGUCUACUCAAGCAUCCUGAUAGUUGUGCUGGCCAUCUUGUGCCUGGUGUUGCUGGUUCUGGCAAUUGUUGUGAAUCGCUGGCGCAAGAAGCAAACGCUCAGAGAAGCCGGAGGUCACAAGAAGACAUGCCUUGCUACGAUCGACAGUAACGCAACUGUUCGAAAGGAAGCUUAUGACGCAGCUGACGAAGAAGUUUCGGUGCUGGAUAUUAAAGGGCUGCCAACUCCAUCAAGCGGGCCGUUCGGUUCCAACUAUGACGAAGGCGUGUCUUACGUUCAAGAGACCGCAUCUAUCGCUGGACACCUGCCCCGCCACACGACCGACAUGUACUACACGCUACCACAGCUACACAGCCGCCACAACGGUAUACGGUUGCAGAACUUCUCUCAGUGAGGUGAUGUGAGUGCUGCAGUGAGAGGUCGUCCACAUGGGCCUCGCCGAACUCCAGGAGGUGGUCGGCUUACUUGGCGCGCUCGUCAACCGGUC